CAUGCUCUUUUGAAUUAAACCAAAUGGAGCGAAGAACACAUCAAAAACCUGUAUGCUCAUUUGGAAUGACAUAACAGAGAGACAAUAAUUUAUAUUUUUUGUUAUUAUACUACUCCUUUAGAACUCAUAUGACCCCUGCAGUAGUACAUUCAUGUUCAUGAUUGGUCAGAUGGUCAAGAGGCUUCAGCCAAUGAGAAGCAGACUUGUACAGUAUGACACAUGGACAGAGGGCCAUUUAAAAGAUGGAGGGGGUCAGAGCCGAACUCCUGCACCACAGGAGCAUCUACAGGACUCAACUCUACAGCAGAGACCAUGAGCACCCAGUUCAGCAAAGGACCCACGUUCGGACUCUCUGCUGAUGUCAGGAAUAAGCUGGCACAGAAGUAUGACCCUCAGGUGGAGGAGGACCUGAGGAUUUGGAUCCAUGAGGUCACAGGUCGAACGGUUCCUGAUGACUUCAUGCAGGGACUCAAAGACGGUGUGAUCCUGUGCGAGCUGAUCAACAAACUACAACCUGGAUCCGUUCCGAAGGUCAAUCUUUCAACCCUGAACUGGCACAAGUUGGAGAAUAUCACUCACUUUGUGCGAGCCAUUGGUGAAUACGGUCUGAAACCAUAUGACAUCUUUGAGGCCAACGACCUUUUUGAGGACAUGAACCACACCCAGGUCCAGUGUACCCUCAUCACUUUGGCUGGAGUGGCCAAGACUAAAGGCUUCUACACAAAAAGUGACAUUGGUGUGAAGUAUGCAGCAAAAAAGCAAAGGAAAUUCAAUCCUGACAAGAUGAAAGAAGGGAACAACAUUAUCAGCCAACAGAUGGGCUCCAAUAAAUUUGCCAGCCAAAAGGGCAUGACCUCAUAUGGAACCAGACGCCAUCUCUAUGAUCCCAAUAUAGGCAUGGAGAAACCAGCGGAUCGAUCCACUAUAAACCUCCAGAUGGGCACAAACAAAUGUGCCAGUAUGGCUGGAAUGUUUGCUCUUGGCACGGCUAGACAAGUUACUGAGAAGAACGUGAAUCUAGACCCGGUGGACACGACAACAGUAUCUCUGCAGAUGGGAACCAACAAAGUUGCGUCUCAGAGCGGCCUUACUCCGAUGGGAGGCUCACGUCUAGUGUACGACCGCAAAUACUGCGCCAUGCCUAAUGAACAAGACGUCAUUGAUUUUGCUAAUUAAUACACUUUGGUAUUCAGCAUUGGUUGGCAACGUCCCUUUCUCCUGAUUGAUCUCAGAGCAGCUUAACUAAAUUAAAUGAUCAUUUUUACGUGGAUGAUGUAAGGAUACAUUUUCUCUCCUUAAUUAGAAAAACAAUGAAGCUGCUCUCUGAUCAGUUUAAAAGCGAUCACCUAGCAAACAAAAUCUUUAGUUUAAGGUGCUUCAUUAUGGAUCAUAUUGCUUAAAAUUGUAUGUAAUUGGCCUUUAGUCUCAGAAUAUACUAGAUCAGAAAAAGUUACUGGUGAUUGGACAUAAACAAAAGAUCAUCGAUUAAUGCCUAUAGGUGGGGAAAUUACUAAACAACAAUGUCGAUACAAAGGUAAUGAAAGCAUAAAAUGUUUAUGUUAUUGUUCUGAAGUAGGGUCAGGACAAGAUCCUGUCCCCUACAUUUGGUCCCUUGUCUUCAGUUAUUAAUUUAUGUUCUUUAGGUUCAUUAAAGGUACACUAUGUAAUUUUUGGCCCUCUAGAGGUUAAAUAAAACUGCAUGCAUUUUUAGGAAGAAUAUUGUUUUGUUGUACGCAAUUUCCUGUGAAAACCAUCCCAACAAGUCUAAAACGUAAACACUUAUUAGGCUUACCAUAGUGAAUCAGGGUAAGACAAAAUCACAUUUUGGAAGAAGGAUUGAUUAUGUAUUUGGUAUUUUUUUAAAGUUGCAUAGUGUGCCUUCAGAGAAAAGGAAGUUGAAUCAUUCACACUGAUGUCUGUUCAAAUGUAUGUUCAGAUUAUACACCACUUGUGUAAGUAUUAAGGAAGUGAUGCAAUGUUCAGAGGAAAGUGUGAAAGCAUUUGUGCAUUUCACACACUUUUGAUCUUUUCAGCCUGUGCUUGCUAUGUCUGCAUUGGAGAAUUGUGACAUCUUCUUUCCAUCUUCUGUCUGUACUGUUUAAAAUGUAUCAGCAGAAACCAACAUUUCUUGGCAAUUGCAUAUACAGUAUAAUGUGUAUAAUUACUUUGUCACAAAAAACAAACAAGAAAAUACUCACAAGAUAGAAGAGCAUUAAAGAGAAAUGUAACUAAUA